AUGGGUGAUUUCGCGAAGUACAACAAAGUUAGAAAGUCUGUUGUUAGAACUGCAAACAAAUUAAUUACAAGGGGAGAGACAAUUAUUUCGUCAUAUACCGAUAAUGUUGCAGAUGUUCGUCAAAUUGAGUCGAUCCGUGAUACUUUGAUGGAAAAAAUAGCGAAAGUUGCUGAACUAAACGAGUCGAUUAUGGAUUGCUUGACAGAGCAGGAUGAUAUCGACAAGGAAGAAGAUUCUAGUACGGAGGAAAUGAUGAUGUUAAAGGAUAAACUUCGUCUGUUUGAAUCAUUUUUAGAAAAACGAUCAGCCAAAAAGGAUUUUUCAGAAGCAGGAAGCACUUUCAGCCACAGUAAACUAAUAAAAUUGCCUCGCUUACAUUUACAGCCCUUUGAUGGGCAUCCGGAAAACUGGUCGACUUUCUGGGAUAGCUUUGAAUGUGCCGUACACACUAAUGACGAUAUUUCCGACGUUCAAAAAAUGACCUAUUUAAAAAAUCUAGUAGAAGGUCCCGCUGCAAGUUGUAUCGCUGGGUUUAGACUUAGCAAUGAAAAUUAUAAAACCGUCGUUGAUUUACUGAAAGAGAGAUAUAAUAAUAAACAGUUACUUAUUUCAGCACAUAUGAAAAAAUUACUGAAACUUGAACAGGCGAAUAACUUAACUAACAUAGAAACAUUGCGUAAUGUAUUUGACAACGUUGAGACACAAGUGAGAAGUCUGGAAAAUUUAGAUGUCACGUCUGAAAAUUAUGGUCCGCUAUUAAUACCGGUACUUAUGUCGAAACUUCCAGAAGAGCUUAAUUUAAUUAUUAGUCGUCAAUUUAACGACAAAGAUUGCUGGGAUAUGAAGUUAGUUUUAAGAGCGUUAAAAUCGGAGAUCGAAGUUCGUGAGAAAUCUGCAUAUUCUUUACAACAGCCACACGAUAACAACCCGUUUUCAUCAUCGGCAUUACCAGUUCACUAUUCACAUCAAUCGAACCGUGAUCUUCCGCACAAUCAGUAUCAGAACAAUCAGCAUAAUUAUCGCAAUCAUCAGAAUAAUCAGAAUAAUUAUAGAUGCAUAUUUUGUGACAAAUCGCAUAAAUCACAGCAAUGCCGAAUAAUCACUAAUUUCGACGCAAGGAAAAACGUGUUACGUGACAAGAAGAGAUGUUUUGUUUGUUUGAAAGGUGGACAUUUAGCCAAGUCUUGUUAUUCUAAGAUUAGUUGUUUAAAGUGUUCGGGUAGACACCAUGUUGCUAUUUGUGAUAAGAAAAGGGACGUUGACCAAGGUCGUAGAGAUAAGGAUGGAACCGAACAAGAAAAACCAGAAAAUGUUGCUGGUGCCACUUCGUUGGUUACAAGUUCAAAUUCGCUCGACAUUCCGAGUUCCGUUAUGUUGCAAACCGCUAAAGUUAAAGUUGUUAAUACUACUGAUCCUUCAAAAAUUGAGAACACGAGAAUUUUGUUCGAUAACUGUUCCCAAUUAAGUUACAUAUCGCCCGAGUUAUGUGAAAAAUUGCAAUUAAAGGUUGUUGGUAAGCGUGAGAUUUGCAUCCGUAUUUUUGGUAAACAUUCGUUCAAAGAAACUUUAGAUAGGGUGCAGUUUUCAGUGAUCGGUUUAGAUGGAGAUAAAAUCAACGUUGAUUGUUAUGUGAAAAAUAUUUGUCAUCCUUUAACAGGACAGAAUUUUAACGAUUGUUUGAAGUAUAAACACUUGAAAGACUUACGUUUAGCUGACAGUAACUGUAAUAAUAGAGAUUUGAAGGUGGAUGUCUUGUUGGGUGCUGAUAAUUAUUGGAAAUUUUUUGAUGGUGGUAUAGUUCGGGGUGAGGAUGGGCCAGUUGCUUUAAAUUCAAAGGUUGGAUACAUUGUAAGUGGACGCAUAGGGUCGAGUGAAGGUAGUAGAAGUGCAGUCUUGGUAGCAAACGUAUAG